AUGGCUUUCAGUAUGACUUUUCUUCAUGGAAUACAUCAUCAAACAUGGUCUAGAGUUGUAGGAACUCUCCGGUGCUCCACAUCAUCAAACAGAAUCAGUGGCUUACAUCGGUCUCUUUCCAAAAUUGUGUCAAAGGAUAAUAUUGGCAGUGAUUCAGAUGAAGCUCUUGGUGGGAAUUUCUCGCCUGGAGAUGAUCUUCGAGACUCAACUAAAAGUCAUACACCACUCAGCUGUAUUACAGAAAAAAAUAUUCCAACUGAAAAUGUUGAUUCGGUUGUUUCGAACUCUGCAAAAGCAGACAGAAAUGAACAGAAAAAUAAAAAUUCCAAACACCCACCAGCGCAUUCAAGAAAAAAAGCAAGUAUAACACCUUCACAAUACUUCAAACAGUCAUGGCUGAAUUAUUCCAGCAGUAUUACCCAAGAAACACUUGGUAACACUGGACAUAAUAAUAUACAGACUGAAUCAUCAAAGAAGGCAAGUAGCAGACUGGAUCGUGGGAAUAAACUGGAAAAUGCAUUUGGUACGCUGAGCAUGAAAGAAAAUAGCACGACUGAAAAACAUGAUCAGCGAAAUCAUAAUGAAAGAAUUGAUGAAGAGUUACCAGAGGAUCUUGACGAGAGAAGAGACCCCCGCCUGAAUAUCCCCUUGUCUAGACAAGGCAGAAUUAACAAGAACAGCUAUUACUAUACAAGGAAGAUGUCUAUUGCAGGCCGUGAGGGAAAGGUCAAAGAAGCCAUUGCUAUAUUUGAGGAUUGGAUGAUGGUUCGUGACAGAGUUAUGCCAACCAAAAGAACAUUUGUUGUCCUGAUAGGAAUACUGGGACGAGUGGGCUACACUAAGAAAGCAUUUGAUCUCUUUGUGCAGAUGAGGCGACUGGGCUUGGAUCCUGAAGACCGAAUUUACACAAGCCUUUUUAACGCCUGUGCCAACUCACCCUAUCCAGCAGAAGCACUGUUGAAGGCAGAACACCUCCUGAGUUAUAUGAAAGAAAAACGUGUCCUUCCUAAUUUGAUUACGGUCAAAGCUGCAAUGAAAGCUCUUGCCAUUUGUGGAGACUUUUCCCGGGCAUUCACGUUACUAGACGAGACAUCCACACGACUGCGGCUUGAUGGGGAAUGCUUCAAUCAUUUGCUGGUGGCCUGCAUAUCUGAUAAAGAAGCUGGUUUCAGAAGAGCUUUACAGGUCUGGCAAAAGAUGACCUGGUAUCGAGUAAAACCAGACGCAUUCACAUUCAAUCUGCUGAUCAGGAGUGCGCGAGACUGUGGCGUAGGAGACCUUGAAACUGUUGCUUCCUGCUUUAAUCUGGAUUCCCUUGGUAUUGAUGGUAGUUCACCAAUGGGUCUACUGGAGGGUAUUAGUUUUGAGACCAGCCUCAGAGAAGAUAAGAAAACUCCAAGUAGGGGUGUCCCUCAGACUAACAGGGAGAGACAGUUUGUUGACAAGCUGGAAGUCAUUGGCAGCCAGAUGAAAAUCUUUGCAGGUUUACAGCAGCAGGAUACAAGUAUAAGUGGUGCUGAUCAUAGAAGAGAGAACGUUUUUGAUGGUGCUGUCGGCAAACAAGAGAAUGUAUAUGAUAACAAAAGCAAGUCUUCUGGUGAGAGAGUUGAUACUGUAGCAAAUGAGGGAAGUGAGCUUUGUAAGAUUGAUUCACCUACCCAUUUACCAGGCAGUUCACCCCAUUUGUUAAAUGAUUCAGAGAUAUCUCCUUAUGAAUUGGAAGGGAGUUUACCUAAGUCAAAUAACUCUGAGAUUAAUGUUUUCCCAACAACUAUUUUGGAUCACCCUGAAUCGGGAGACAUUCGCCAAUCAUUGUAUUCCGACUUACUGAUAGAUGAUUCUGGCAGGAGCAACAGUUUUCUUGAAAAAAGUAGAAGUAACAAAAUAUCUUUACGAGACCUCAAGUUUCCAUUUGGCCGUUUUGCUCUUCUUGGAGGUGCCGGAAAAUUCAUUUCUUAUAUGGAGGCUUCGCAGGUUCGCCCAGAUGUGAAAACAUAUGCGCAACUUCUGGCGUGCCUGCCUAAUGACGAAUGGAGUGAGUUUAAUCUGCUGAGAAUAAUGGAGGAAAGAGGCGUAAAACCAGACAUAGACAUUUUCAAUGACAUCAUGGUUCGACGAUUUCAGAGAAAGCAGGUUGACACAGUUGAGGCUGUUCUGAAACUGGUAUCAAAACUGAGACUGGUUCCCAAUAUGAGAACAUACGCAGCGAUUGCCCUGACUUGCUGCAGGGAGAACGAUGCUAGGCAGCUUCUGCAGGAUAUGAAGGAAGCUAACCUGGAGCCGAAUUCUGUGGUGAUGGGACAUUUGCUGGGUGUCUCUGGGACCAACUUUAAACUCAAGCUGUUCCUGUUGAAGACACUGGAGUCCCUGGGCCUGAGAGUGACUAAGCACAACGUUGGGACUAUUGAAAAGUCCAUCGCUAUAGCAAAGAAAAAAAUCAUUGAAGCAGAAAAGAGCAAAGAUACUUCCAGCAUCUACUUAUCUGAGCACUUUCAAAAAAGCUUCCAGUACUUUCUACGAUACUACAAACCCUGGCUUCAGCGAGUUGAGAUGGACAAACCUCGUCAUCCCUGGGAUUCUUUCAAACCUCCAGAGAAGAAGGAGGAGGAUAAAUGUUUGACCAUUGUUGGUUGA